AUGUCUGAGAUCCUAAUAAACGAGCAAGAGGACCCAACAACUGUGACCAGGUGUACCGUCCUCACCGACCACAUGUCUGAGAUCCUAAUAAACGAACCAGAGGACCCAACAACUGUGACCAGGUGUACUGUCACCACCGACACGAUGUCUGAGAUCCUAAUAAACGAGCCAGAGGACCCAACAACUGUAUCCAGGUGUACUGUCCCCACCGACACGAUGUCUGAGAUCCUAAUAAACGACCCAGAGGACCCAACAACUGUGACCAGGUGUACUGUCCUCACCGACACGAUGUCUGAGAUCCUAAUAAACGAGCCAGAGGACCCAACAACUGUGACCAGGUGUAAUGUCCCCACCAAUACGCUGUCUGAGAUCCUAAUAAACGACCCAGAGGACCCAACAACUGUGACCAGGUGUACUGUCCCCACCGACACGAUGUCUGAGAUCCUAAUAAACGAGCCAGAGGACCCAACAACUGUGACCAGGUGUACUGUCCUCACCGACACGAUGUCUGAGAUCCUAAUAAACGACCCAGAGGACCCAACAACUGUGACCAGGUGUACUGUCCUCACCGACACGAUGUCUGAGAUCCUAAUAAACGACCCAGAGGACCCAACAACUGUGACCAGGUGUACUGUCACCACCGACACGAUGUCUGAGAUCCUAAUAAACGAGCCAGAGGACCCAACAACUGUAUCCAGGUGUACUGUCCCCACCGACACGAUGUCUGAGAUCCUAAUAAACGACCCAGAGGACCCAACAACUGUGACCAGGUGUACUGUCCUCACCGACACGAUGUCUGAGAUCCUAAUAAACGAGCCAGAGGACCCAACAACUGUGACCAGGUGUAAUGUCCCCACCAAUACGCUGUCUGAGAUCCUAAUAAACGACCCAGAGGACCCAACAACUGUGACCAGGUGUACUGUCCCCACCGACACGAUGUCUGAGAUCCUAAUAAACGAGCCAGAGGACCCAACAACUGUGACCAGGUGUACUGUCCUCACCGACACGAUGUCUGAGAUCCUAAUAAACGACCCAGAGGACCCAACAACUGUGACCAGGUGUACUGUCCCCACCGACACGAUGUCUGAGAUCCUAAUAAACGAGCCAGAGGACCCAACAACUGUGACCAAGUGUAAUGUCCCCACCAAUACGCUGUCUGAGAUCCUAAUAAACGACCCAGAGGACCCAACAACUGUGACCAGGUGUACUGUCCCCACCGACACGAUGUCUGAGAUCCUAACAAACGAGCCAGAGGACCCAACAACUGUGACCAGGUGUACUGUCCCCACCAAUACGCUGUCUGAGAUCCUAAUAAACGACCCAGAGGACCCAACAACUGUGACCAGGUGUACUGUCCCCACCAAUACGCUGUCUGAGAUCCUAAUAAACGAGCCAGAGGACCCAACAACUGUGACCAGGUGUACUGUCCUCACCAACACGAUGUCUGAGAUCCUAAUAAACGAGCCAGAGGACCCAACAACUGUGACCAGGUGUACUGUCCCCACCGACACGCUGUCUGAGAUCCUUAUAAACGAGCCAGAGGACCCAACAACUGUGACCAGGUGUACCGUCCCCACGGAUACGCUGUCUGAGAUCCUAAUAAACGAGCCAGAGGACCCAACAACUGUGACCAGGUGUACUGUCCUCACCGACACGAUGUCUGAGAUCCUAAUAAACGAGCCAGAGGACCCAACAACUGUGACCAGGUGUACUGUCCUCACCGACACGAUGUCUGAUAUCCUAAUAAACGAGCCAGAGGACCCAACAACUGUGACCAGGUGUACUGUCCUCACCAACACGAUGUCUGAGAUCCUAAUAAACGACCCAAAGGACCCAACAACUGUGACCAGGUGUACUGUCCCCACCGACACGAUGUCUGAGAUCCUAAUAAACGAGCCAGAGGAUCCAACAACUGUGACCAGGUGUACUGUCCCAACCAACACGAUGUCUGAGAUCCUAAUAAACGAGCCAGAGGACCCAACAACUGUGACCAGGUGUAAUGUCCUCACCGACACGAUGUCUGAGAUCCUAAUAAACGAGCCAGAGGACCCAACAACUGUGACCAGGUGUAGUGUCCCCACUGAUACGCUGUCUGAGAUCCUAAUCAACGACCCAGAGGACCCAACAACUGUGACCAGGUGUACUGUCCUCACCGACACGAUGUCUGAGAUCCUAAUAAACGACCCAGAGGACCCAACAACUGUGACCAGGUGUACUGUCCUCACUGACACGAUGUCUGAGAUCCUAAUAAACGAGCCAGAGGACCCAACAACUGUGACCAGGUGUACUGUCCUCACCGACACACUGUCUGAGAUCCUAAUAAACGAGCCAGAGGACCCAACAACUGUGACCAGGUGUACCGUCCCCACUGACACGAUGUCUGUGAUCCUAAUAAACAAGCCAGAGGACCCAACAACUGUGACCAGGUGUACUGUCCCCACCGACACGAUGUCUGAGAUCCUAAUAAACGACCCAGAGGACCCAACAACUGUGACCAGGAGUACCGUCCCCACUGAUACACUGUCUGAGAUCCUAAUAAACGACCCAGAGGACCCAACAACUGUGACCAGGUGUACCGUCCCCACAGACACACUGUCUGAGUUCCUAAUAAACGAGCCAGUAGACCCAACAACUGUGACCAGGUGUAAUGUCCUCACCGACACGAUGUCUGAGAUCCUAAUAAACGAGCCAGAGGACCCAACAACUGUGACCAGGUGUACUGUCCUCACCGACACGAAGUACAACUGUGACCAGGUGUACUGUCCUCACCAACACUGUCUGAGAUCCUAA